GCGGACAGCCAGAGGGGCAGCCAGCAGCGUGCGAAGCGGGAGCCUGGUCAGGGUGAGAGCACAGGUGGCCAGCCAGUGGUCUGGGAGGCCUAGAGGCAACAUGUGUGGCACCUAAACUCCUCAACCUGGCAAAAGGGGGCCCUUCCUGAACUCCGGGACUAAAACCCUAAAGCAGCUGGGAGGACUCCAGGCUACCUACACAUCCUGGCCCAGGCUGGGACCCGUGCAGCACCUCCCUGCUCUGUGCCCCUUCUUGCCAGAAAUCCACCAUGGAGAGUAAGGGUGAGGUCAGCGACACCGACAGCGGCAUCAUCCUGCAGUCUGGCCCUGACAGCCCAGUCUCCCCAAUGAAGGAGCUGACCCAUGCAGUAUACAAGCAGCAGAGGGCCCUGGAAGCGCGGCUGGAGGCCUGCCUGGAGGAGCUGCGGAGACUCUGCAUCCGGGAGGCGGAGCUGACAGGGGUCUUGCCAGAAGAAUAUCCCCUCAAACCUGGAGAAAAGCCCCCGAAGGUCCGCCGCAGGAUUGGAGCAGCUUACAAGCUGGAUGAGUGGGCCUUGCACAGAGAGGACCCCCUGAGCAGCCUGGAGCGCCAGCUGGCCCUGCAGCUGCAGAUCACCGAGGCUGCACGGCGGCUGAGCGCGGAGGAGAAUCUCAGCAAACAGCUGCGGCGGCAGAGGAAGCAUGCGGCCCUGCAGGAGGAGAAGAAGCUGCGAGAGCUGCAACGCAGCCUGGGUGAGCGGCGGCGUAACAGCGAGCCCCCUCCUGCCACGGCUGUCCAGGUGCUGGGCCAAGAGCUCAGUGCCUCGGAUGACAGCUCACUGUCUGAUGGGCUACUUCUGGAAGAAGAGGACUCCCAAAUGCCAAAACCUCCCCCAGAGUCCCCAGCUGCACCGUCCCGGGCUCUCCCACCCCAGAGCCUUGAGGGGUUACAGCCAGCAGGCCCUGAGCCUGGGACCCUGGAACGUGCCCCCAUCCAGAACAGCCCUUGGAAGGAGACCAGCCUUGACCACCCCUAUGAGAAGGCCAGGAAGUCUUCUGAGCCCAGCAGUGAGUCCAGCAGCCUGGCCACCACACCCCAGGAUGGACCCAGUGCCUCCAGCCUGUGGCUGCUGGAGCCAGCCUCCUACCACAUGGGACCCAUCCCCAGUGCUCCAGGACAGCGACAGGGAUGUACCAGUGCCCCAGCCACUCCUGAGAUGCAGGGGAGGCGGGGCCAGUCACAGUCUCUGAGGGUGGAUUCCUUCCGCGCUGGGGCUGAGGGCCGCGGACGCAGCGCCUUCCCCCGCCGACGCCCCACUCACUACACCGUCACGGUGCCAGACUCCUGCUUCCCGGCCAGCAAGCCCCCGCUGCCCCACUCUGCCUGCCACUCCUGCUCCGAGGACAGCGGCUCCGACGUCUCCAGCAUCUCCCACCCCACCUCGCCGGGCAGCAGCAGCCCCGACAUCUCUUUCCUGCGGCCCCUCUGCUCCCCGGAGCCGCCUCGCCACCACGGUCCAUGGGGACCAGCCUGCGGCAGAGAGCUGGUCGCCCACUACCCCAAGCUGCUGCUGCCCCCUGGGUACUUCCCGGCCGGGCGCUACGUGGUGGUGGCUGAGAGCCACCUGCGGCCUGGCGAGUGGGAGCUGUGCCGCGCUGGCCUGGUCCCCGCGUUCGCCGAGGAGGGCGCCGCCCUGCGCUACCAGCGGCUCGUGCCCGCACACAGCCGCAUCGUGCGGACGCCGUCGCUGAAGGACAGCCCCACGGGCCGCGCUCUCAGCAAGGCCGCUGUCUCCGAGGAGCUGCGCUCCUGGCACGAGCGUGCGCGCCUUCGGAGCAGCCGCCCGCACUCGCUGGAUCGCCAAGGAGCUUUCCGGAUGCGCAGCCUGCCUCCUGGGAGAGAGGGCUUUGGGCGAGCCCUGGGACCCCGAGCGCAGAUGCCCACCAUGUGUGUGCUUCGGAGAGCACCUGAUGGAGCUCCUGUGCAAGUCUUUGUCCCCGAGAACGGCGAGAUCAUCAGCCAGGUGUAGCUCCAUGUCCAAGUUCCUCAGCCACUGCUGGAAAAGACUAUUUCACUGUGGGGCCAGGGCUGAGCCCCUCACCCUUCCAGUGCCUCCCUCAGCUCCCCCAACCCCAUCGCAGGCCGAUGAUCUGGAGCUGAGUCCUUUCUUGUUUGGGUUUUUUUUUUGUACAAGUUUUUUUUUUUUUUUUUUCAAAUGUUCUGACCUGAGGAUUUGUAUCUGUGAUUUGUCCACAACCUCCCCAUAAUAUGAUUACAUCACAUCCCCAGAGUGGCCUCUUGGACUUAAGGCCUUGCCUGCCUGAUUACAUCUGUCUUCUUAGGCAAGGCAAAUGUCAGCGAGGGCCACCCAGGGGUCCUCACUCUGAGCUGUUUCUGAGAAAGAACAUCCCCAGUGCUGUGGAGCCUGGCCAUGACCCACUCUCAUGCAUGGGUUUCUCCGCCAAUUCCCAGGUCUCUGGGUACCUCAGACUGGGGAAAAUGCUUCUUUCCCCUUUGUAAUGUGCUCUGUGAUGCACACAAGUGGUAGUUCAAGAUCAGUAUAUGCUGGUGGAGUCAUCUCUUCCUCUACUCCACUAUCUUCCUGACCCCUGGAACUAGGGGUCCCAGUCACUGUCCUCUCUUUAUGCCCUUGGGCUUCUGGGCCAGGGGAGCACCAAAUUAGAACCUCAAGGUCCCAGACUGGGUCCAGCCCAUGCUGUUGGUUGAUGGGGAGCCGCUCACCAUUGGACCACCAUGGCCAGGUAUCAUGAGGGCUAGAGGCACUACUCCUCCCUCUGACAUCUUUUUAUUAUGGUCCUAAAACCAACACCUUACAAAUAUUUUUGGAAAGGCAUCAUUUUGGUGGCAUGGUGGGGAGUGGAUGAUGAGAGCUCCUUCAGUCACAUGUCUUCUGUGAGCAGUUCUUGUUUAUGCACAGGAGUGCUUUCUCCUGAGUCCUGACAAAAUACUGGAUUGUAUUAGAGGACAUUAAUGACUUGUCCCAUCUUCUGAGAUGGAAACCCUGGAAUCACUAAGGCUGCUUAAAAUCCCUGGAUCCUAGGCCCUCCCUUAACUGACAGAUGCCCAGAGAGGAUCUUGCCUAGAAGAAGUGACAGAUGGUGUAUGGAGUGCUGAUUCCCAUUUUGCUCAUGUAAAACUCUGUCCAGUGAGUUCUCGGGACUGGACAGAUCAUGAAUGUAGCGGAAGACUCUGAGAACAUGCUGCCCAGGCAGAGGAGCUGCUGUCCCCUGGGACACAGUGACAUAGCUGAUCACAGAGGCUGCUGAGGGAAGAACCAGGGUGGUGUACUGGAGUUGGGGAAGAGAGUGUAACCCAAGGACAUAGCAGUGGCACUCCUUUCACUGCCCUUGUCCCCUUUUAUAGUAGUCUCCACCUUGGGGCCCUCUUCUCCAUUAUGCUUGAGUAGCUUACUCUGAUUUAUGACAAGCCCCUCGCCCACCGCCACCCCAUCGUUCAGCUACUACAUCCCCAGUGUCUUCCAUGGAAGCCCAAGCUCCUGGGCCUGAGCGUACUUAAUAUUAACUUAUUGGUCCUACAGAAGACAUGGUACAGUUGCCAAGUGGCCCUGUCUUCAGCUGUAGGGCUGGAACGUGGGUCUUAGUGCCAAACACUAAAA